AUAAGGAGUUUGGAGUCACGAUUUUGCCUAUCAUUCUGGAUGGCGGAGAAAAGUAUUUCUCGUAAAAUACUUAUAGCACUCGAUGAAAGCGAAAAUAGCGAGUUUGCUUUCAAAUUUUAUUUAAAUGACAUAUCAAUGCCCAAUGAUGAAGUUAUAUUUUUACACAUUUUUAACCCUCCAGCACCACCUGCAUUUAGUGCAAAAAUGAUUCGAAGCGAUGGCUCAUAUGUUGAGAGUCGUGUGAACCCUUUUGGAAGUGACUUUUUUCUAUCUGAUGACAACAAUGAGCAGUGGAUUAAAUGGCGAAUCAGAGUAGAAAAAAAAAUAAAAAAACGAAAAGAGUUACUAUUCCGCUUCCAAACAAUUUGUGACCAAAAUAAACUUAAGCAUAGAGCGGUUUUACAUAGUGGUUCUCCAGGUGAAGGUAUUUGUGAGAUUGCUGAACAAAACGAUGUGACAUUAAUUUUAAUGGGAUCACGUGGAUUAAAUAAGUUACGACGAACAUUUCUUGGAUCCGUCAGCGAUUACGUUGCACAACAUAGUUCUAGAUCAUUUAUUGUAGUUCCUUAUCCGAAAAGCUUGUAGUAAUUUUUAAAUAAUUGCUGUGAUUUAAGAUUACAAUGUUUCAUGUUCAUAGUGUUCACAUUGCUACAUAAUGACUUUAAACUUAGUUUCCAGUGCUUUAAACACUGUGCUUCAUAUAGUCACACACUUUAGAACGAAAGACUUAAGAUUUAUAAGUAAUUAGUAAAUUAAAGUGUAAAUUUUAACCUAGUUGAUUAUUUUUGUAUUGUAAUUA